GACAAUGAUUUUGUGUGAUAUUUUUAUUGUGGCUGUAUACAUCAUGGUAAAUAUCGUGGUUGUCAUUAGUUUUAGCCUGUCUUUGAUUUUUUUUUUUUAUUAUAAUAACUGUGCUUCUGUUAUUUAGUAGUACAUCUUUUGUGCCUGAAACCAUUUUUUGUUCAUAAUUCCGAAUCAAAAUUCAAGUGAUCUUACAGCAUAAAAACUAAUGGUGAUAUAGCUAGCGUAGAACAUUUACUUCUCAGGCUUGAAAAUUUGUUGGCAAGUAGUACAUUUAUGCUAUAGAUGAGAAUGAUGGUCAGAUUCUGAAUUAGCUAUGGAGAUUGCAGGUAACCGUACAUUCGGUUCAUAAAUGAACACAUGAAUAUUACUGAUUAGAAUAGACACGUUGUUGUUAUAUGAUGUAUAUCAUCUGAGAGUCGAAACUAACGACGUCAGAUUCUGCUAACUCUUAAAAUAUUUGGUCACAUUGUAUAUUGGUUGUCGAGCAUUAACGGAGUUAUGGUAAUCUCUCUGAUUCAUUUUAGCGGUGUAAGGCUAGAGCAAGGUAAGAAGCCGCAAUGCCACGUGUUGGAUUUCCGGAAUAGAGAAGUUUUAGCUCACAGAUUACAUGUUUACUGUCCUGAGUUGCCUAAGCUUAAUUAGCUUUCCCCCCUUCACCUGGAUUUUGCUGUUUAAUUGAGGAAUUUCGGACCUUUUUGAUGUAGUUGAUGAUGAAUUGCGUGAUGUGUUAAUGUAAAGCUUCUUCAUUCACUGCUUUCUCAGAGCGCACCGCUUUCUUUUAGAGACGUGUAGUGGAGAAACUGAAGAAUGAUGAAUGUUUUUUGUCAGCAAGUCCGAAGCAUCUGACAGCAACACCCACGUUAAUGAGGCAGCUGCCACCUGCUUGUUCAUCCCUUGACACGUUGUUCCUCACCUCCUUCCCACCCCUUUUGCAUCAUCAUCUGUAACCUCUUUUUACGUUACGGAGUUUGGAAGUCCCUCGGAUAAGGAUCCACCCCCUCUCCCUUUCCCCUAUAAAUAGCCUAGCCUGUUCAUGGAAUAAUGAAUUCAGAGCACAACAAACAUUGUGAGUUUUAGUAUAUAUUCAGUGAGAAGAUGUUGGGAGUGUUUGACAGGUUCACUGGGAAGCAGCCUGAGGAACUAAUGUUCCCUCUGCUGAAGCGUCCUGAUUGGAUGAGAACCUAUUAUGAUGUGCGGCAGUUUUAUGUCAGGUUUAAAUCUGACUCGGACAUAACUAUCUACAACUUCGCCAAUGGGAAUUUCAUGUCUGUUUCCCAUAAGGAUGAGCUAAGGACGGUGAUGGUGAUGGAUGAUAUCUUCUGCAUGUUCUUCGGGACACUCGACAACCUUUACGAUCUCCGAGCGUACUAUGGGCUGUCGAGAAGUGAAACUGAGGCAAUGGUGGUUUGUGCUGCGUACAAGGUCCUGAGAGACCGUGCCGUCUUUUCUCCGGAUCAGGUUGUCAGAGAGUUCAAAGGCAAUUAUGCCUUCAUGCUGUUUGAUACCAAAUCCUCCAGGGUUUUCCUUGCCAGGGACCGCGAUGGAAAAGUGGAUCUUUACUGGGGAACUGCUGCUGACGGGUCAUUAGUCUGCUCUGAUGACUCCAACAUCAUCAAGGGCGCUUGUGGCGACUGUUUCAUUCCCUUCCCUCCAGGGUGUUUCUUCCUGAGUGGGUAUGGACUGGUGAGCUAUGAUCACCCGAAUAACCCGAUGAAGAAGGUGGAGCGCAAGGACGAGUUGGGAAGGAUCAUCUCAGCGGCGUUUGAGGUGGAUUUGGACAACAAGGUAUCAGUCAUUCCGCGCUGUGGCAGCGGGGACGAAUGGUCGCUCCCCCCAGCUCUGGAGUUCAACAACUGGACACUUGGCCCGCCAUCUUCGGGCAACCUGACCGGCUACUACAAGAAAGACAAGGAGCAUGUCCAGAUGGUGCAGGGCCUACAGCUGCAGGAGGUGGCGGUGCCGCAGGCGGUGCAGGAGGUGCAAGUAAACUGGGACAAAAUUAUCUCACCCAGCGAUACCGUUGAAGACGACGUCGUCGUCGACGACGACGAGGUGGACGACAGCCGCCUCAAAGUGCAGCAGCUCGCCAUUUGGACAGUCCCCUCCACCAGCAACCCAAACAACAACAACGAGAAUUAAUCAGCAGUAGCUCUAGCUUGCUAGCUUGCUACCUUGCUUGCUCGCUCUCGUUGUUUCUGUCUGGCUAAUAAAAGAAGGCGUCUUCACAGCUUUGAUGUUUCUGCAGUUUGGUCGGUCCAUGUCGACCCUUUAAUAAUUUCCUUCUUUUUGUUUUCCCCCCCUGUGUGUUUUGAGUCUCUGAACUCCGUGAAAUGUAAAAUAUUUUCUUUUCCAGUGUGUAAUGUUUUCCUCCAUCAAUAAUAACAAAGCUGGCCUUCUCUGUGUGUUGUCAAUAUAUUCAUUUGUCCAAUCCAUUUUUUCUUUCAUUCGUGAAUUAAUGAAUUUUAUGACAUUUUCUAUUAAACACACUUUUGUUUUAUUAUUACCAUUUACCACACAAAUAACUUUUGCAGACACUGUAUAUUUGAAGGACUUAUAAAAUCCUUAGUACAUUGGAAUAAUACGAUCUAAUCUAAUAAUAACGGAUGUACUUCUGAUAGCAGUGGUGGGGAUUAGUUUAAUUGUUUGUUUUGAUGUUGGAUCCGAAGCCGUUUCCUCCCAUUGCAUGUUUUCCGGUGUCAGUGUCAGGAGGAGUUGUGAUUUGGUUCUGACCCGAAUUGAGUGCUGUUGUAAGAAUGAAGCUUUGUGAAUGGCAAGUGAGACAAUUUGAUGGGUAGCACACGAAUGGCCCUCCUCCCAUUCCUCCCGCACAGUUGCUUCCACCGUUCCAUCCACCACCUCCUCCACCACCACCGGGUCCACCCCCAUUGCCAAAGCUGCCGCCGACCAUCACCUCCUCCUCCUCCUCCUCCUCUUCCACCAUCACCUGGUCCACCUAAGCAGCCGCCGCCGCCGCCUCCUCCUCCUCCUCCAUAAGCUCCACCGCCCAUGCCACAGAGGGUGUGUGCCGUGUUCAUGUUAUCAGCAGCUGUUGCUUCUUUUUCUGCAUGAGAUGAUGUCACUUGUGCUAAGCCAACCGCGACUACUCCUACUAUGACGACUAUGUAGUUAAGAGCCCACAUGCUAUUUUUACCCAUUUUAUAUAGUUGAGAAAUUAAUAAAAAAGAGGAGGAAUU